UAUCUGCUGUCCAAUAAAAUAUAAACAUACAUAGGUACGAAAAAAACAAAGCAUUACAUUGGCAGUAAUAUAGUAAGAGCUGAGCUUCAUUCGGUGUAAGAAACGGAUUGAAUGUUGCGCAAAUGUCUCAAGUAAAUUUGAUCGGUGUUGACGUAGGAACGGGAAGCGUGCGUGCGGCAUUGGUUACCAGCAAAGGUGAAAUAUUGAAAACAUGGGUAAAGACGAUACAGACUUGGAACCCACUUCCCAACCAUUACGAACAAUCCAGCGAUGAUAUUUGGAAUGCCGUGUGCGAAUGUGUUCGUAAUGUGGCAUCUCACUGUCCUAGAGAUGAAAUUAAAGGUAUUGGAUUCGAUGCCACUUGUUCGCUGGUCGUUUUGGAUAAGAAUGGUGAGCCAUUAUCAAUUAGCAGCUCAGGACGCAACGAACAGAACGUGAUACUUUGGAUGGAUCAUCGGGCACAAGCGGAGGCCGAUUUCAUCAACGCUACCAAACACGAACUACUGAGCUAUGUCGGAGGCGCAGUCUCGUUGGAGAUGGAAUGUCCGAAGCUGUUGUGGUUGAAAAGAAACAUGUUUCAACAAACUUGGCUCAAAGCGGGAGCAUUUUUUGAUCUUCCCGAUUUCUUAACGUACAAAGCUACCGGUAGUCUAGGGCGUUCGAUUUGUUCUGCUGUUUGCAAAUGGAAUUAUGAUGCUAUCAAAGGAUCCUGGUCGCACGAUUUUCUUACCCAAAUCAAUUUGGGUGAUCUUGCCGCAAACAAUUUCCAUUUGAUAGGUGAGAAACUUUAUGUUCCAGGCGAUCCCAUCGCAGAAGGAUUAACCCAGGUGGCAGCGAAUGCCUUAGGCCUGAAUCCAGGCAUUUCAGUAGCUACUUCCAUGAUUGAUGCACACGCUGGAGCCUUAGCACUAUUAGGUUGUCACAAUCCGGAUAUUAAAUUGUCUGAUUCUCUUACGACAAAACUUGCUAUAAUCUGUGGAACAUCAUCAUGCCACAUGAGUUUAACUUCGCUUCCAGUUAUGGCGCCAGGCAUUUGGGGACCAUAUAAAAAUGCCAUCUUUUCAAACCUGUAUCUAAACGAAGCAGGUCAAAGUGCGACUGGCGUUCUGAUAGAUUUCAUUUUACAAAGUCAUCCUUGCUACAGUCAGCUACUUGAAAAGCACGGUUCACAUGCCAAAAUUUAUAGUUUUUUAAACGAGUAUCUGUUAGAUCUGAGGCAGCGUAGAAAACUAUCAUCAGUACACAUGUUAACGAGCUGUCUGCACGUAUGGCCCGAUUAUCAUGGAAAUCGCUCACCUCUGGCAGAUCCCCAUCUUAAAGGAAUGCUAUCCGGAUUAACAAUGACAAAAGAUGUAGAAAACUUGGCGUUGAUCUAUUUGGCUCUGAUGCAAGCACUAGCGUAUGGAACCCGGCACAUUCUAGACGUACUGGCAAAGUCUGGCAGGGAACCCAUUCGAUCGAUUUUACUCUGCGGGGGUUUGAGCAAAAAUGCACUGUUUGUUCAAACUCAUGCCGACAUCUGCUCGAUACCAGUUCUGCUACCGCAUGAAACCGAAGCAGUUCUUCUCGGAUCGGCUAUUAUGGGAGCUUGUGCAGCAGGAAUUUACAACGAUCUAAAGGUGGCUGCAUCUGAAAUGGGAGGCACAGCUGAAAUUGUCAAACCAGAUAUGAGUGAUGACAAUCGAGACUAUCAUGAGCGGAAGUAUCGUGUGUUUUUACGAAUGGUCGACGACCAGAAAGCUUACGAGAAAAUCAUGCAUGGCCCAUAAUACUAUUACUACAGGGAUAUUUCACAAAACAUUCUGCAUGCUGCAGCAUUUUAGGUAUAAGUUUGCGUUUUUUAUAUGUGCAGUACGUACAGUAUAACUGAGACUUUUGUCGAAAGGAUUAACGUUCAUUCCAGUACAUUACGAGAUCCUUAAGUAAUAAAUGCCGCCGCUUUUGUUUCAAUUUUAGAUCGACAAA